UACCAGUAGUAUUUGACAUCUAUUUUUGAUUGAGCUGCUAAAUGCGGAGGUCAAUCUUAGUGAAGUGUUCUUCUUGGUUAAGAAAGUUUUCUCAAAAAUCCUGUGUCUGUUGGAGCUAGCAAAUAUAAGGUAAGAUUUUAUUUAAGUCAUCAUAAAAUUCAGCUUAGACCUGAAGCGAAUUGCUUCUUAAGAUAGGAAUUUAUUCCCUUUCUGCCUUCCCACAUUUUCAGGAUAGAUAUUAGCUCUGCUGGAAUUAAAUUCAAAUAUCAAAACACUGGAAAAAUCUACAACAGAAACAAAAGCAAAAUCACCAAACCUUUCUGAGACUUGUCUGAUGGGAGUUAAAGAAAGAGAGAGAGAGGAAGGAAGGAAGGAAGGAAGGAAGGAAGGAAGGAAGGAAGGAAGAAAAAUAAAGGAGGGAGGGAGGAAAGAGAAAGAAGGAAAGAAAGAAGGAAAGAAAGAAAGAAAGAAAGAAAGAAAGAAAGAAAGAAAACUCUUCACCUAUUUCAUGCUUCCAUUUUGAGACUAAUUGAAAAAUACAAUUUACUUUACUAAAGUCAAGAAAAGUUAAGCUCAUUAGGACCCAAGCUCUAGAAAAAAGUACCAGGCAGAACUAUUCGACUAACAGUUUUUUUUUUCAAUUUAGUAAUUUGUGUACCUCAGUUUUCUCAGGCCCUUCACUAAGUUCCUUAAGGAAUAAAAAUAUCUUCUUCAGUGAACUAUUACAUUACUGAGGUUUAGUGGCUCUUUAUAUUUUUCAAUAGUGCCAAAUUUAAUAAAAUACAAUGUGCUUUAUUUUCAAUUUCAGUAAAGAAAAAAAUUGCUAAAUAAUCCUAUGGAGCAUUUCUUAUUUAUAUAACCAAUAACUCCCUGCAUUAUAGAUGCAUUAACUUGAAAUAAUUAAGGUAAAUGAAAAUGUCUGUAGAAGCACAAAUACGGCAGAAUUAAAUAUCAGACAAAAGCAGAUUUUAACCAUCCUUUUAUUAUUUCUUAUCUUCACACCUAAUAAGCAUACUUUUUACUUUAUGUUUAGCUUAGUCCAACUGACUGACUGCAGCCCAAAUUCAUUUUCACUUUUUUUUUUCUUUUUUUUUUGGCUUUAAUGUGAAAAAUGGCAGGAGGAGAUUCUGAGGUCUGUGUUAAAAUACAGGCUGACUCAGUUGCACAGAACUGUUCUGCAGAAGGUUUUAUUGGGGAUAAAAGUUGUGUUGCCAAGGUUGUCUAUUGCCUUCAGUUUAUUUUAAAAAAUACACAAAUGAAUUCAAGGAAGCAUUAAAGCCAUGCAGUGACUUUUCUUCUGUUUGUUUCCCCCAAGGUGCUUUGUUCACACUGACAUCAUCAUGGCAGAACAAAGUAAGAUUUGAGAGUGUUUGUAGGCUAGAGGUGUUUGAUAUACCCUGCUCUGCCACCAACUUUGGUGCCCUGCAUGGCCCCAGCUUCAAACAUGUCCCAGAGGCUCAGAGCAUGUGCUCAGAAACUGACAUGGGGUAUCAGAAUCAAUCAGCCCCUCUAGGAAUUAAAAGCAAGCAAUUGAAUGCCUGUUAGCAAUGAUUAACUUUAAAAACAUUAGCAAUUCUGGGCAGAUCCCUUUCCUUUUCUGGAAGAAUGCUCUAGGCAGGCAGCAUUCCCAGGAAUGUUAGUUUUCAGCUAUGUAGACACUCUCUCGGAUAUAAAGUUACCUCCGGGGUCUUUGCUGGUGCUUUUGACUUGGGAAUGAAUAUUAUUCUUAUGUAUGAAACUUCAGUCCUUCCUAGAAGGGUUUUCAGAGAUCUAUAUGCCAUUUUCAGCUGCUCUCUAAACCCUUGCUUUUUUUCUUUUUAUAUUUUUUUCUCAGUUAUAAAAUGAGUACAAGAUAAUCUUUAUUGAGUAGCUUUGAGGACCAAAAUUGAUUGAAAUAUGCUAUAUAAAAUGCUGAUCUUAAUGUCAAGCUCAUGUCAGCCCUGCUAUAUAUAUUUUCUUUUCCAGGUUUCUUUUUAAGUUUCAGCCUUUAAUUUGUCCUUACAUCUCUAUUUAAGUUUAUAAAAAAACAAUGGGACAAAGAUAUUUUAUACUAGUAGCUCUUUACUUCUGAGUUCUCACCUAUUUGCAAUAAUGAUGUUAAAACAAAUUGUCUUUGCUGCUGUCUACUUGGGUGUUUGAGUUUGAUUGUGUUUAUUUAGUUUUUAAGUGAUAAUUGUCUGAAGCAGAGAGGGUGGGAAAAGCCUAUAGUUUGGGGCAGUGGUGGGGAAAUGUUACAUGCUUUGUGUAAUAUUUUUGUUACGGAAUGGAAUUAUCUCGAAGGUUUAUUUUCUCUCUUGUUAUCAACUGAGGCUAGAUCUCUUGCCUUCACUAAUGUUGGAGUCUUGGGAAACGUUAACAGAGCUAGUGAGGGGAGAAAUUCCACUGGGGUGGAAUCUAGGUUCUGUGAAGAUAUGGAACAUUAUGGGCUCUCAACAGAUGUUAAUAAAUACCUCUUUCUAUUGUUGGGACAAAGUGGGGUUGAUUUGGGUGUGAAUUGUAAUGGUUAGUGGAAGGACCUUGUACCUAAAAAGGGUGUGUUUUGAGGAGAAGAGGAAUCCUGGUAUUGUGCAAAGUUGCAUUGUUUUUUUUUUUUCAUAACAAAUUAUUUUUCAUUUUUAAGGGCUGUCGUCCCCCUAAAAUUGUCACCUCCCUUGUGUCCAUGUCCUAUGCCUUCUUGGUAGUCCUUACAAUACGUUGCUGUGGACACAGUCAGAUUUCAAUAGAUCCUUGCUGAUUGAAAACAAACAUUUGGAAAUCUUAGAGGCAGAGCUGAUGGAGAGGUAUGAGGAGGGCCGCAGGGAGAGAGGAAGAGAAAAACAGUCAAGACAGAGAAAGAAUUAAAUAUAGAAACUGCCUGGGAAGCCAGAAAAGAGCUAAGUUGGUGAGGAACUAACAGUUUAUGUUCUCCUGAGAAAAGAAAAAACUGGACAGAAGAGAAUUUUUAAAAUCUGCAGAGCUAAUUAACCAAAUUAUAAGACCUCUCAAAUAUCCCUCUCGUUAGAGUUGUAACUUUGAGAUUAAAAAAAAAAAUAGUGAAAGUUACUCUAAUUUGUCCCAAGAAUCAAUUUAAGUUUGGAAUUGUCCCGUCAUAGAAACUUGAGGGGAAAUAUGCCCUAUGCUGUAGCUUAUAAAUCAUGUCAGUGUUUUGACUCUUAACUCCCCCUCAUUGUGAUGGUGAAGGGAGAAGAAAAUGUAUAUAAAACCACUGUAGUUUUAGUGAGUGUGCUGAUUGGAAUAAGAAAAAGUGGAAUUAGGUGGUAAGAAAACAAGUAAGAAAACCCCAGCACCACAAUGUGGACAGGUUACAAUAUCAAAAACAAUCAUACAAAAUGUUCCAGUGCAGAGAACUUCUUUAAAAUGUGUGAACAGAAUUUAAAAAAAUAUAUGUAUAUACAUUUAUAUGCUUAUAAAGAUAUGCAUGAUGGAUGCCUAACCUUUGAUAAAGACAGUUAAGAGUAUCAGAAAAAAUCACCACGGGGAUCACCUGAUAAUAAUUAAUAAACAUCAACUCUUGUUGGUCAACUGACCACUCUUAUUUCACAGUUGGCUGUGUUGAGGGUAGAGCCAAUGACCUUUGCCCUGAAUUUUAAUAAUUUACUGCAGUUUUACAUUAAAUCAGAAUAUAAUUGGGAAGAAAAUUAGUGUUUCUUUGUGGGGAGUGCAGAGUAAUGCCACUAAUUGCAUGUAUAAAAGCCUUCCCGAGGUCGUAUUUUCCUGUUCUUUCUUGAUUUAGGAAAUUAAAACUACAGUAAUUUUCCGCUAUUUGUAAGAGGGAAAAUGUGCUGGUGAAAUGUACUCAGCUAACUUAAAAUGUCAAAGCUCUGGGCCAUCUUUUCAUGUCCAGUAAUGACAAACUGUCAAUUUCAUCACAUUUUUCAGGAAUUUACUGGCAACUUGUUGCAGAUAUCAGAGUAGAAAAAUACCUUAUAACAUGUGUGGUCUGAAAGAAGAAACAGUUUGAUUUUUGUUUGUUUGGUUUGUCUUCCUUUCACCUUUAAUAUUGGUGCAACUUUACAGUUAAAAUGUGUCAGGGAGAAUCACCAUUUUUUUUUCUUUAGAAAGAGAUGGACAAGAGAGAACCCAUUAAAUUAACCUUAGUGGAACAGGAGAUUAAAUUAAUAGUGCUUUAAAAUUAUUUUUAGAUACCUGGGGGAUUUUUUUUUCCAGAGAAGUUAUUAUCAAGUAAAAGAAUUGAACUGAUUUUAAAGUAUAUUGGGUUGAAAAUUUUAUUAAAAACAUAUGUAUUCACAAAUUUAUAUACACAUGUACAUUUCCCUGGAACUUGGAAGGGUUAAAUCAGACCACUGUAGUGUUAUGGGAAGUGUUUCUCGGCGAUCCCCAGUGCCUUGAGUUUGUUAUGUAUUCAAUAUGUAUGUCAUCAUAAAACAGUGCACCUGCAUUAGCCUUCAUUGUCUCAGGGUAGAGGCUGGAAAAAAAAAUUAAAAAGCUCAAGAAAUGAAUAUUUCUGCUAAUAGCGUGUCAGUAUUUUUCCCUUACUCCACGGACAUUCUUGGUCUCAAAUGCAAACUGCACAGCUCAGGCACUUGGGUUGGAAUCCAGUGUUUAUUCAAAAAGGCACCCUAAGGCGGCUGGGGUGGAAAUGGUACACGUAUGAAAAAAAAGGCAGCCGGGAAACUCAGCUGAUCUGAGCACAGCGGCAGCAACUGUAUUUACUAACACUUGUUUUCUGGGAGCCUAUGAGAGAAAUGGAAAUAAUUAGAAAGGACCUGAAAGGGUGGUAUUUUGUUCGUUGUUCUCCUUAUAAGGAGCAAAGCAAAUUGCAGUAACACUUUGGGAGCUGGUGUUCCCUACCGCCACGGGGACAGCAGAUUCCUGGGUAGAGGAGUUUGUUUAUACCUUAACAAAUACAGACUAUUUUGUUGAUUAAACAAGCAAAAAAAAAAAAAAAAUGCCUGCCCCAUUCUCUGCUUUCAAACACUUCCCCCAAUUAGAAAAUGUCUCAUAAAAAUGCAUCAUGUGAUAAGCUCUUGCUUUAGUCCCAAACCGAGCUGGAGUCCACUGGAGGUCUUAGUAUUUGAAUCCUUGGGGAGUGCACAUUUUAGCUAAGAGUAUAGUUACUCUGUGAUGAAACAGGGAGCUUUGCCACUUGCUUGUUUUGGAAGGAAAAUAAAUUAAAAAAAGAUUGCAGGGGAUUUUAGUUAUUAUAUGGCCAGGACUCCGUUUAGAGUCUGUGGCAUUCAAAGCUGGCUUUAAUCACAGCAUGAUGCUUGAAGCCUCCAAAAGUCCAAGUGUUUCCUUUCUUUCUUUCUUCUUUCCGUUUUUUUUUUUUUUUUUUUUUUUUAAGCGUUACUUCACUGAGGCAGAAGGCUGCCUUUGAGUGACGUCACGAGUUUGAGCAGCAAGCUGCACAGGAGAAGGGAGGCUGGGUGAGUGACAGCCCAGCCUACUUUUUAAUAGCUUUGUCAUGUGACUGGGGACUGUAGUAAGACAGGUGCCUUCAGUUCACUCUCAGUAAGGGGCUGGUUGCCUGCAUGAGUGUGUGCUCUGUGUCACUGUGGAUUGGAGUUGAAAAAGCUUGACUGGCGUCAUUCAGGAGCUGGAUGGCGUGGGACAUGUGCAACCAGGACUCUGUAUGGAGUGACAUCGAGUGUGCUGCUCUGGUUGGUGAAGACCAGCCUCUUUGCCCAGAUCUUCCUGAACUUGACCUUUCUGAACUAGACGUGAACGACUUGGAUACAGACAGCUUUCUGGGUGGACUCAAGUGGUGCAGUGACCAAUCAGAAAUAAUAUCCAAUCAGUACAACAAUGAGCCUUCAAACAUAUUUGAGAAGAUAGAUGAAGAGAACGAGGCGAACUUGCUAGCAGUCCUCACAGAGACACUGGACAGUCUCCCUGUGGAUGAAGACGGAUUGCCCUCAUUUGAUGCGCUGACAGAUGGAGAUGUGACCACUGAGAAUGAGGCUAGUCCUUCCUCCAUGCCUGACGGCACCCCUCCGCCUCAGGAGGCAGAAGAGACGUCUCUACUUAAGAAGCUUUUACUGGCACCAGCCAAUACUCAGCUAAGUUAUAAUGAAUGCAGUGGUCUCAGUACCCAGAACCAUGCAAACCAUAAUCACAGGAUCAGAACAAACCCUGCAGUCGUUAAGACCGAGAAUUCAUGGAGCAAUAAAGCGAGGAGCAUUUGUCAACAGCAAAAGCCACAAAGACGUCCCUGCUCGGAGCUGCUCAAGUAUCUGACCACAAAUGAUGACCCACCUCAUAUCAAACCCACAGAGAACAGGAACAGUAGCAGAGACAAAUGCACCUCCAAAAAGAAGUCCCACACACAGUCGCAGUCUCAACAUUUACAAGCCAAACCAACAACUUUAUCUCUUCCUCUGACCCCAGAGUCACCAAAUGACCCCAAGGGUUCCCCAUUUGAGAACAAGACUAUUGAACGAACCUUAAGUGUGGAACUCUCUGGAACUGCAGGCCUAACUCCGCCCACUACUCCUCCUCACAAAGCCAACCAAGAUAACCCUUUCAGGACUUCUCCAAAGCUGAAGUCCUCUUGCAAGACUGUGGGACCUCCUCCAUCAAAGAAGCCCAGGUACAGUGAGCCUCCUGGCACCCAAGGCAAUAACUCCACCAAGAAGGGGCCCGAGCAGUCUGAGUUGUACGCACAACUCAGCAAGACCUCCGUGCUCACCAGUGGACACGAGGAAAGGAAGGCCAAGCGGCCCAGCCUACGGCUGUUUGGUGACCAUGACUAUUGUCAGUCGAUUAAUUCCAAAACGGAAAUACUCAUUAAUAUAUCACAGGAGCUCCAAGACUCUAGACAACUAGAAUAUAAAGAUGCCCCCUCCGAUUGGCAGGGGCAGAUUUGUUCUUCCACAGAUUCAGACCAGUGCUACCUGAGAGAGACUCCGGGGGCGGGCAAGCAGGUCUCUCCUUGCAGCACCAGAAAACAGCUCCAAGACCAGGAAAUCCGAGCUGAGCUGAACAAGCACUUCGGUCAUCCCAGUCAAGCUGUUUUUGACGACGAAGCAGACAAGACCAGUGAACUGAGGGACAGUGAUUUCAGUAAUGAACAAUUCUCCAAACUACCUAUGUUUAUAAAUUCAGGACUAGCCAUGGAUGGCCUGUUUGAUGACAGUGAAGAUGAAAGUGAUAAACUGAACUACCCUUGGGAUGGCACACAAUCCUAUUCGUUGUUCGAUGUGUCGCCUUCUUGCUCCUCUUUUAACUCUCCGUGUAGAGAUUCCGUGUCACCACCCAAAUCCUUAUUUUCUCAAAGACCCCAAAGGAUGCGCUCUCGUUCAAGGUCCUUUUCUCGACACAGGUCGUGUUCCCGAUCACCAUAUUCCAGGUCAAGAUCAAGGUCCCCAGGCAGUAGAUCCUCUUCAAGAUCUUGCUACUACUAUGAGUCGAGCCACUGCAGACACCGCGCGCACCGAAAUUCUCCUCUGUGCGCAAGAUCACGUUCCGGGUCGCCCUACAGCCGGAGGCCCAGGUAUGACAGCUACGAGGAAUAUCAGCACGAAAGGCUGAAGAGGGAAGAAUACCGCAAAGAGUAUGAGAAGCGGGAGUCUGAAAGGGCCAAACAAAGGGAGAGGCAGAGGCAGAAGGCAAUUGAAGAACGCCGUGUGAUUUACGUUGGUAAAAUCAGACCUGACACAACACGGAUGGAACUGAGGGACCGUUUUGAAGUUUUUGGUGAAAUUGAGGAGUGCACAGUAAAUCUGCGGGAUGAUGGAGACAGCUAUGGUUUCAUUACCUACCGUUAUACCUGUGAUGCUUUUGCUGCUCUUGAAAACGGAUACACUUUGCGCAGGUCGAAUGAAACUGACUUCGAGCUGUACUUUUGUGGACGCAAGCAAUUUUUCAAGUCUAACUAUGCAGACCUAGAUUCAAACUCAGAUGACUUUGACCCUGCUUCCACCAAGAGCAAGUAUGACUCUCUGGAUUUUGAUAGUUUACUGAAAGAAGCUCAGAGAAGCUUGCGCAGGUAACAUGUUCCCUGGCUAAAGAUGACAGAGGGACGGUGAAUACCUCACGGGACAGCGCGUCCUUCCCUAACUGACUAUUGCAAGUCAUACUUAGGAAUUUCUCCUACUUUACACUCUCUGUAUAAAAACAAAACAAAACAACAACAAUACAACAACAACAACAACAACAACAACAACAAUGGUUUACAUGAACACAGCUGCUGAAGAGGCAAGAGACAGGAAGGAUAUCCAGUAAGCACGUUUAUUCAUGGGUGUCAGCUUUGCUUUCCCUGGAGUCUCUUGGUGACGGAGUGUGUGUGUGUGUGUGUGUGUGUGUGUGUGUGUGUUUGCGCGCGCGGGUGUGUGCGCGGGUGCGGGUGUAUGGGCGUGGGUGUGCGCGCAUGCGCACGGCUGGUGUGGGGGAAGUCUGUGUGUACAGGUGGGGACUGGGGGCACGUGACCAGAGUGUGCCCGGGCGAAUCGCUUCAAAUGGCAGCAGUUCCAUGAAGACGCACGUAAAACCUAGAACUUCAAAAUGUUCAUACUCUAUUCAAAAAGAAAAAAAAAAAUGCAUAAAUUCAAAAGGAAAGCAAACUAACCAACCGACCACAGACCACCCUAAAAUGACAGCCACCGAUGUCUGGGCCUCAACCUCCGUACUCUGUUUUUUAAGAAAGUGCAAAAUCAACUUGAAGCAAGCUUUCUCUCGUAAUGUAAUGGUUAUCUGACAAUCCCGAAGAAACCACAGUUUCGGUAGAAAUAAUAUCCUUUCUCUCUCUCUCUCUCUCUCUCUCUCUCUCUCUCUCUCUCUCCCCGCCCCCUCCCCCUGUCUUUCCUCUCUCCCUCCUCCUUUCUCCCUCUCUUUCUUUUUCUUCUCUUUUUCCUUCUGCCAUGGAGUCUGGGUGGGAGAGGAUACUGCGGGCGCCAGAAUGCUAAACUUUCCUAACAUUUUGAAGUUUCUGUAGUUCAUCCUCUAUCCUGACACCCAUGUAAAUGUCCCACAUGUUGAUCUUCCACUGCAAAUUUCAAAAGCCUUGUAAAUGGUCGAGCGCGCGGCUUAUUCAGUGGUUCUUUCUGAGGAGCGGGCACGGUGUUACAUUACUGAGGAGAGUUGGGUAGAACUCUCUGGUAUGUGUUCAGAUAGUGUCAUUGCUACAUUCUCUGAUGUAGUGAAGUAUUUACAGAUGUUAAAUGGAGUAUUUUUAUUUUGUGUGCAUACUAUACAACGAUGUUCUUUUUUGUUACAGCUAUGCACUGUAAAUGCAGCCUUCUUUUCAAAACUGCUAAAUUUUUCUUAAUCAAGAAUAUUCAAAUGUAAUUAUGAGGUGAUACAAUUAUUGUACACUAACAUAUUUAGAAGCUGAACUUACUGCUUAUAUAUAUUUGAUUGUAAAAAACAAAAAAGACAGUGUGUGUGUCCGUCAAGUGCAACAACAAAAUGAUGCUUUACGCACAUCCAUCCCUUCUUACGUGAGCGUCAAUCUGAGCAUCUUGUCAAGAAAUACCCAGCCCCCCCUAAAGGUAUUAACCACUUACGCGAUAUUUUUCCACAUUUUCUUGUUGCUUGUUUUCCUUUGAAGUUUUAUACACUGGAUUUGUUAGGGGAAUGAAAUUUUCUCAUCUAAAAUUUUUCUAGGAGAUAUCAUGAUUUUAUGUAAAGUCUCUCAAUGGGUAACCAUUAAGAAAUGUUUUUAUUUUCUCUAUCAACAGUAGUUUUGAAACUAGAGGUCAGAAAUCUUUUUAAAAUGCUGUUUCGUUUUAAUUUUUGUGAUUUUAAUUUGAUACAAAAUGCUGAGGUAAUAAUUACAGUAUGAUUUUUACAAUAAUUAAUGUGUGUCUGAAGACUAUUCUUGAAGCCAGUAUCUCUUUCCCUUGGCAGAGUAUGAUGAUGGUAUUUAUCUGUAUUUUUUACAGUUACACAUCCUGUAUAAAUACUGAUGUUUCAUUCCUUUGUUUACUAAAGAGACAUAUUUAUCAGUUGCAGAUAGCCUAUUUAUUAUAAAUUAUGAGGGGAUGAAAAUAAUAAAGCCAGUGGAAAUUUUCUACCUAGGAUGCAUGGCGACUGUCAGGUUGCAGUUGAAAUGUUUCAUUUGGAAAAUUCAGCUUUUGCAGAAGCGGUGUUUCUACUUGCACUAGCUUGGCCUCUCACGUGACCAUGAUGUUGUUCUUGAUGACAUUGCUUCUGCUAAAUUCAAUAAAAACUUCAGAAAAACCUCCAUUUUGAGCAUCAGGAUUUCAUCUGAGUGCGGAGCCCCUGGAAAGGAAGUCAGGAAAGUUUGGAGUGUGUAUUCAAGUUUCUAAAUUGAGAUUCGAUUACAGUUUGGCCGACAUGACUUUUCUGGAAGAUGUGAUACACCUACUACUUAAUCGUUCUUUUCCUUUCUCUCGCCCAACACAAUCUUAGAGAACGGAUUUCACCCCCAGGCCAAUGCAGCUAAUUUUGAUAGCUGUAUUCAUUUAUCACCAGCAUAUUGUGUUCUGAGUGAAUCCACUGUCUGUCCUGUCGGAUGCUUGCUUGAUUUUUUGGCUUCUUAUUUCUAAGUAGAUAGAAAGCAAUAAAAAAAAAAUAUGAAAUCAAAGAACUUGUUCACAGGUUCUGCGUUACGGCAGUAACACAUCUUUAAUCUGCCUAAUUCUUGUUGUUCUGUAGGUUAAAUGCAGAUAUUUUAACUCUGUGUGAACGCCAAACUAAAGUUUACAGUCUUUCUUUCGGAAUUUUGAGUAUCUUCUGUUGUAGAAUAAUAAUAAUAAAAAAAAGACUAUUAAGAGCAAUAAAUUAUUUUUAAGAAAUCAAUAUUUAGUAAAUCAUAUUAUGUGUUCAAGGACCAGAUGCGUUCUCUAUUUUGCCUUUAAAUUUUUGUGAUCCAAUUUUAAAUACAUUCUCCUUUUUGCCCUGGAUUGUUGACAUGAGUCAAAUACUUGGUUUCUUUUCUUACUUUUCAAAAAGACAACACUACAGAUUUCACGUUGAGGCUUAAUUUAUCCCCACUCUGGCCUGACAAAUAUUGUUACCAUGAAGAUAGUUUUCCUCCACGGACUUCAAAUUGCAUCUAAAAUUAGUGCAAAAAAGAGAAUCACUAAACCGUCCGAGUAGAGCUUUUUGUAUCUUAUGCAGACCCUGUGGGUAGGCCAUCAAAAUGUAAACUGUGUUCCUCUUACUUUUAUUUGUAAUUUUUUUUUGGAGAGAAUCUUUCCAAUGAACACAUGCACACCAUCAUCACUGGAGGCAAAUUUCAGCAUAGAUCUGUAGGAUUUUUAGAUGACCGCGGGCCAUUGCCUUCUUGCUGUGGUAAGUACCACAUCUACAGUUUUGGGAACCGAACCGGUGCUUUAGAGAUGUGGGCUUUUUUUUUCUUCCUUUUUUUUUUUUUUUAAAGAGAUGUAGCAGAAUAAUUCUUCCAGUGCAACCAAAUCAAUUUUUGCUAAACGACUCCGAGAACAACGCGGUUGGGCUGUCAACAUUCAAAGCAGCAGAGAGGGAACUUUGCACUAUUGGGGUGUGUGGUUGGGUCAGUUGAAAAAAGGAAACCUUUUCAUGCCUUUAGAUGUGAGCUUACAGUAGGUAAUGAUUAUGUGUCCUUUUUCGAUGGCUGUAACGAGAACUUCAAUCACUGUAGUCUAAGACCUGAUCUAUAGAUGACCUAGAAUAGCCAUGUAAUAUAAUGUGAUGAUUCUAAAUUUGUACCUAUGUGACAGACAUUUUCAAUAAUGUGAACUGCUGAUUUGAUGGCGCUACUUUAAGAUUUGUAGGUGAAAGUGUAACACUGUUGGUUGAACUAUGCUGAAGAGGGUAAGUGAGCGAUUAGUUCAGCCCUUGCCGGGCUUUUUUUUUUUUUUUCUUUCUUUUUUUUUUUUUCUUUUUUCCACCUGCCGAUUCUACAUGUAUUGUUGUGGUUUUAUUCAUUGUAUGAAAAUUCCUGUGAUUUUUUUUAAAUGUGCAGUACACAUCAGCCUCACUGAGCUAAUAAAGGGAAACGAAUGUUUCAAAUCU